AUGCCAGACGAUAUAGAUGUACGUCGCUUGAUUGAAGAAGUGAAGGCGCGUCCCAUCAUAUGGCAAGUUCCAUACGGAAUGUACAAGGACCGGGCGGUCACACCUCCGAAAUGGGCAGAAAUCGCUGCAAUACUAGGAGUGGAUGUCAAGCGUUGCAAGCGUAAAUGGAAGAAUCUACGUGAUGCUUAUCGUGCCGAGGUGCGUCGCAUCGACCGUCGUGAGGAGCGUCUAAAGGCUUCUGGCGUCUACGAUAGCUCAGUGAACAUUCAAAGCAAAUGGGCAUAUUUUGAACCGAUGAGUUUCAUUAAUGAUACCCGCCGUCCCAGAUAUCCAUCGCAUACUCACAGAAGUGACGACGGUGAGGGCUCGAAUGGCUCACACGAUGAACCGCCCGGUUUUCAUAGCAUUUGCGACAUCAAAAUGGAACCACAUCACACUAGCGACGAAGAUGAAUACGAAGAGGAGGAACAAUUGCUGGAACAGUUCGUGAGUGCCGCCACACCGCAAGCUGUGCGCCGCCUUUCGAAUUCAAUAUCUGUUGCCAAUGCUGCCGAAGAUGCGAUCACAUCUGCCGCCAGUUGCAAAUGCUCGAAUCGUGCUGAUGAUCAAGUGCAUUUUUUGGAGAAUUUGGAGCGUGAAGAGCAAAGUUUAAUGCAGUCGACGCGCAUGGAUAUGAGACGCGACAACAAUACCAGCCAUGUGGGUGAUUCCGAUUACAAUUUUCUUGUUAGCUUUCUGCCACAGAUGAAGCGGAUGAGUGAAUUGCAAAAUUUGCAAUUUCGUGCGAAGAUGAGUGAGCUCUUGUUGAAUAUAAUGACGCCAAAUACUGGUGGAUUUGUGCAAUUAAUGACUGUCGCCACGUCACCAAGUGUUACGCAAUUUCAACAACAACAAACGCAGCAGCUGCAGUUGCAUCAGCAACAGCAACAACAGUCACAAUGUGUGCCAGUGCUGCAACAGCCGACGUUACAGCAAAUGCAAGUACAGCAGACGCCUACACAACAACAGUUCAUCACCGCCGAUCUAAUGGACGCCGAGCCAUUGGAGAACAGCAGCAUAAGCAUUAGUAGUGAAGCGAGUGGGGAUAACUCAACUAACUGGACAUGAAAGCGACAGUGGUUUUCAAACUGUCCGCGCUUCUGCAUAUAUUUUUGUUUGAUUUUUUACGACAUUCACACAAAGAGUGGAUGCAAAUCAUUUCCCAUCAUGAGAUUGGCAAAUAUUUUCGUUUAGUUGUUGUGCUACCAUGGGAAUUUGCAAAUUGCAUUACCUAUGCCACGUGAAUGGCGCUCACUAUAUUUGUGAAGUGUCUUCGUAUUUAUGUAUCGCAAAUUUUUAGGUUGGGCAGCUCCUCCAAACAACGAGUUUUUCAGUCAUUUUUUGCGAAAAAUUGAGAGUAUUUAUUAUCCUUAAAUAAAUUACAUAUUCAUAUUCACGCUUAACUGAAUAUACAAAAAAAUUUUUGAAUUAAAAAUAACAAAAACCACACAAAUGACGGUGCUACAGCUGCUCAAACGGGACCCCUCAAUUUGCGCCGGGGAAUGUACAGCCCCUUGUAAUAAACUGAAAUCAACCAGACACUAAUUUUUCAUUAAAAUAAGUGAUUUUGCUUUGCACUUACCUAUUUUUAACGAACAAAAAAUUUAAUUUGAAGCGAAAAAGACAAAAAUUACACUUUUUUUAUAAACAAAUUGAUCAAAACAAUAUUUUUGGUAAUAAUUAAUAGAAAAUUUGAGGUACUUACAAAGGCCAAUAUGUUAAAGAAUUUCGCUGCAAAAUUUUAAGUUGCUAUCUUGAUUACUUUUUGAGUUAUAUUCGACAGCGCGGAAAAAAAAAAAUUCAAGAAAAAACGCGUUUGAAGUUUUCGCUCUUAUUCAUCUUUCGGUUGACGCUCAUCACUUCACUGACUAUAUAGGGACCUUUUAGGCUUUCUAUUAAACUUAAAACUUUGAAAAAUAUUCCUUAGAUUCUAUAUGAAUUUUUAAAGCAAAAAAAACAUGGAAAAUUUGAAAGUGCUGGAGGAGCUGCCCCCCUUAAGUUGAGGAUUAGAGAGAGUAAAUUUAUAAGUAUUUUUUGCGUUCCAAAAUAAAA